AUGGCGACCGAAAAUAGUAGCCGUGUAGCAAAAGUCAGAGUGGUCGAAGCAUCAGAUACAAAGGACUACUUUAUCUCCGAACUACUCCUCGAGAAGCGCACGUCAUCCUUUGCUAAGCUGGUCUGCGAAAACACUGGUGAUGGUGGCAUAUUCGAAGUCACCGAGUGUCAAAUUACCACUUUCGACAUUUUCACCGCCUGGCUCAACGCAGAGCCCGAAUGCCUCUUCAGUCCAUUGAGCACCAACCCGAUUGGCGACAACUUCUGGAUUUCCGGCGUGCCGCUUAUCCAGCUCCAUAUAUUUGCGGGCGAAUACAACAUCCCCGAGCUAGCUGAUGAUGCUCUUCGUCGCUUCACCAGUCUUGUUCAUCUCAUCGGUGGCAAGACAAAGAUACCGCACGUCUUUGCUGUCGACAUCUAUGUCUUUCCCACCUUGGAAGAAGUUGGCUAUGUUUACAGCAACACUUCGGCGGAGUCUCCUCUUCGACCCAUCAUCGUCAACGCAUUCUGUACCACUGAUCAGGAUUUGGGUUAUUUACUCAUGGAAGCCCACCGCGAGUUCCUGGUCGACGUCAUCAUCCAUAUGCAGGGCAUGCAGGACAAAUUGAAAGGAGUCAUGGGCUUUAUAGGCUUGAGCGAUGGUAAUCCUGAGCGAGGUUGGAUUUGGCCAAAAGCCAAGAAGUCCUCUCGAAAUGGAUGGGGUGUCUGA